AUGUAUAGCAGUGUUUUACAGCAGCAGUAUGCUAGUGAAAAUGCAAACGGAGGAAGAGCAGUUGACACGCCAACUCAAGCUAACUCACUUCAAGCGAUCAUUGAUCCUCGUUUUGAUGCUUUAGUAAAUCGUGCAAAAGUAUUGAGAAGAUCAAAUCAAAUUAGAUCUGAAACAAGUAUUGAUAUUAGUUCUCCAAAUGGGAGUUCUGCUGCCCAGUUAGAUUCGGCAUUGGAGAGAGUGGACAAACGUCAACUUCUUUCACCAACAUGGAAGCAUCGUUUGCAAGGAUUACUCAUUGGUUUGUUGGUGACAGCCAUUUCUGUAGGUACCAUCUUGGCUGUUUUACUGACAAGAUCAUCAUCAUCGUCGACACUAACAUCAACACUUUCCUCAUGCACUACACUACAAUGGAAUGCGAUUGGCACAACUGUAAUAGGUAAUGGUUCGAAUGGCAGUUCCUUGAAUCAAUUGAAUGGACCGACAGGUAUAUUUGUUCAUACGGAUGAUUCUAUUUAUAUUGCUGAUACGUCCAAUCAUCGAGUACUACGUGUAUCGUUGGGAAGCAAUGGAACAAAUAAUGUAACAGUAGUUGCAGGCAUUACCGGUAUGUCAACUGUUAGUUCAACCACAUUAAACAAUCCAAGAGCUGUAUAUGUUGAUUCAAACCAAAAUCUUUAUGUUGUCGAUACGGAUAAUUUUCGUGUUCAGCUUUGGCCAUAUGGCGCUUCGAAUAGCUCAACAGUAGCCGGUAGCUCAACUGGAGUUCCUGGUUCGACUUUAGAUAAACUUGGCUAUAGUUUCGCAUUAUAUGUUGAUACAGCAAAAAAUGUCUAUGUUUCGGAUGCAUCAUUUGGACGUGUAGUUAAAUGGUCUUCAGGAGCUUCGACUGGUGUUCUUGUCGCUGGUAGCGGAUCAUCAGGCUAUAGCUCUAGUCAAUUGAAUUUUCCACUUGGCAUUACUGUCGAUUCAAACAACAACACACUCUAUAUUGCUGACUUCCAAAGCCACACAAUUAUCUCCUGGCCAGUCGGCACGACAACGGGCACAAUUAUUGCUGGUUUGAAUGCAACAUCCGGCAGCAUAGCAUCCUUACUAUAUGCUCCAUGGGGCAUCAUACGUGAUACUUAUGGAAAUCUUUACGUAAGUGAUUACGGAAAUCAUCGAAUCCAAUUUUACUGCAGUAAUGGCUCGUCAUUUUCAAGUGGCACAACAAUUGCCGGUAUGGGCACAGCACAGUUGUCAUCGCGAGGACUUAAUCGUCCUACUGGACUUGCAUUCGACUCACAAAUGAAUUUGGAUACAAUUUAG